ACAUCACCUUUGCACUUCAAACAUCCUCCAUUCAGAAACUCAACUUUCAUAUUCAGUUUUCUAUUGUAAGCAGCUACAAACAAAGCCAUGGGAAAUUGCUUAGUUUUGGAAGAGAAGGUAAUCAGAGUUAUGAAAACUGAUGGAAAAAUCCUUGAAUAUCAAGCACCCACCAAAGUUCAACAAGUGUUAUCAGACUUCUCUGGUCAUGCUCUGUCUGAUUCUUUUUCAGGCUCCCACCAUCUUCAGCCAGAUGCAAAGCUGCUUCCUGGGCAGUUAUAUUACCUUAUUCCUGUUCCAUCACCAUCCCAAAAGAAUAAGAAAAAGAAGGUGAGGUUUUCAAAUCUAGAGGUGAAUGAUGAGCAAGGAAGUCCUGGUGUCAUAAGAAUUAAGUUGAUAAUCAGUAAGCAAGAAUUGCAAGAACUGCUUCAAAAAGGAGUUUCAGUUCAGGAUAUGGUCUCUCAGAUACAAAGUAAACAAAGCACAAAUGGAAUUGACACAUCUGAUACCGACGAUAACUGCAGAGGGUGGAAGCCUGUAUUGGAAAGCAUAGCUGAAGUAAACUAGGAAAGCAUAUCAUGUACUAAACAAUCUCACUCUUAGCUAGAAUUAUCUUACAGACAACGUAGAUAUAUAUGAAAUAUACUGCAACAAUAUGCUUGUCACCAAAUGUCUGCUAGCAUAUAAAAGUAUACCUGCUCUUGAAUCCAUGUCCUUGUGAAUAUUCAUUAUUUUUGUCAUGUUUUGUCAUCAUUUAAAUGGCACCCAGUUAAACGAAUUAAGAAAGGAUAUCGAUCACUCUAGCACAUGCUAAGUCAAUAAAUUAAUAAGUGAAGCUUGUAACUUGCCGUAAUACAACAGUAAUGACGAUAAAAGCCUUUGUUUCCACUUUCCCGCCAACAAAAUGCACAAAUCUUUAUUACCAGGUAUCAAACUCAAGAGCUAGCACUUCGGAUGCCUCAAAGGCAUGGUACAUGCUGUUUUUUAGCAAAUGACUCAUUGGUAAAAGUCCCAACAACCAUUCACCUAACAACAAAUAAGUCUCAAA